GGGAGCGCCGCGUCGUGAACGGUCGACGGGGAGGAGCCGCGUCCCCCUCGCCGUCCCCGAGCGCCGCGGCCAGGUGGGACUGCCCCUCGAGCAAACGGCCGGGCCGUCAGCCCCGCCCCGGGAGAAGCAGCAGGGGCGAGGAGCGACGUGUGUACCAAGAGAAAAAAACAUUCCUGACAGGGAAUGUGUUGGAAAGCAGGGAGCGUCUGUGUGUUUAUUUCCGUUUGGGUCCGUUAGAGCUUCACAGCCUCUACGCACCGAAAGGAAGGCUGGGAAUUUCCCUUUAAGGGUGAAAGCUUUUUGUGGUGAAUGCAGGAGGUGGGAAUUCCGAGCAUGCCAGACGCACAGUGAGACACGCAGGCGGCCAACGGUCAACACAUGAGAGCCUCUGUCAGAAGAACGACACGGUGUGCCUGGUGAGAUCUUAGCGCAGUGAAAUCAUCCUUCCCAGGCACAGCCCAUUUCGUAGUUCACAUCUUACGGCAAAUGGGCAAGGUUAAUCUGAAUAGUACAAGAAUACAAUAAAGUGACAGGAGAGCUUCCCAGCUUAAAAACACCAACUCCCUCCGAGCAGCCACACCUCUGUUUGCCUCCAGUCACUCGCUGCAUGCACAGCACCUUCCGCUCCCACCUUCCGCUGUCUUUCCCAGCAGCGGCGGCAGCUGCCAUGCUCUGCCCUUCAGAGAUGGGACCCUGUAUAGAGCUAUGUUGAUUACAUCUCCUCUGAGGCCCAGGAAAGGGUCAUGUUAUAACCAAAAUGUAAUAUUCCAUUGUACAUGGUAGAGUAUAUGUAGGGAAUAAAUGCUUCCCUUGCUUGCACAGAAAGAACACUACAUUUGUCAGUCCACUUAGCUGUAUUAGUAUGGAAGAUCACUGUUCACUCUAGUCAAUACCAAGCAGGUGAUAAGCUUUAAAAAAUGUAGUAAAUUUUGUCUUGUGAAUUCUGCCCUCCACUCCCCUCAAAAACAAACAAAUAAAGAAACAAACAAACAAAAACCUCUAAUAGUAGUUUUAACUGGAAAAUUAUUAAUACUUCCCUUCAACACACAUUUUUUCUUAAUUUCCAAUGCUAUACCUGAGGUAUAUUGAAGUGGCUUUGGGAUGGAGGUUAAAUACCUGCCAGAUGAGACCACUAGCUUUCGUAGAAUCAUAGAAUAAUUAAUGUUGGAAAAAACCUCUAAGAUCAUCUAGUCCAGCUGUCCACUUACUACCAAUAUUUUCCCACUAAACUAUGUUCCUUAGUACCACGUCUACACAUUGUUUGAACACCUCCAGGGACGGCGACUCCACCACUUCCCUGUGCAGCCCAUUCUAGUGCCUGACCACUCUUUCAGAGAAGCUUUUCUUAAUAUCCAACUUGAACCUCCCCUGGCACAAAUUGAAGCCAUUCCCUCUCACCCUAUCGCUAGUUACCUGGGAGAAAAAGCCAACCCACACCUCUCCACAGCCUCCCUUCAGGUAGAGAGGAAUAAGGCUUCUCCUGAGACUCCUUUUUCUCCGGACUGAACAAUCCCAGUUCCUCAGCUGCUCCUCAUAAGGCCUGUGAUCCAAACCCCUCACCCACUUUGUUGCCUUUCUCUGGAUACACUUCAGGGCCUCAAGGUCUUUCUUGUAGCAGCCAAAACUGAACUGAGUACUUGAGGUGCAGCCUCACCAGAGCUGAGUACAGGGAGACGAUCACUUUCCUGCUCCUGCUGGCAACACUAUUUCUGACACAAGCCAGGAUGCUUUUGGCCUUCUUGGCCACCUGUGCACACUGUUGGCUCAUGUUCAGGCAAGCAUCAUGUCGACCAGCACCCCCAGGUUCUUUACCUCUACACUAGAGGUCCCCACUCUGCCCCACAUCAGAAACAUUGCCUGGGGUUGUGACCUCAAAGUGCAGGACCCGGCACUUGGUCUUGUGGAACUUCAUACCAUUGGCCUCAGCCCAGCAAUCCAGCAUGUCCAGAUCCUUUUAAAGGGCAACACUUCCUCACAGCUUGGUGUCAUCUGCAAAAUUACUGAGGGUGCACUCAAUCCCCUAAUCCAGGUCAUCAGUAAAGAUAUUAAACAGGACCAGCCUCAGUACCAACCCCUGAAGAACACCACUCAUGACUUAUUGCCAGCUGUAUUUAACUCCAUUCACCUCCACUCUCUGGAGCCCAGAAGCAUACUGUGAGAGACAGUACUUUGCUAAAGUCUAGGUGGACUGUGUCAACAGCCUUUCCCUCAUCCACCAGGCUGAUCACGUGGUCAUAGAAGGAGAUGAGUUUGCUCAAGUAGGACGUGCAUUUCAUGAACCCGUGCUGGCUGGACCUGAUCCCUCGGUUGUCCCGCACAUGCCAUGUGAUCUCACUCAAGAUGAUCUGUUCCAUUACCUUUCUUGGCACUGAGAUCAGGCUGACAGGCCAGUAGCAAUCCAGCUCCUCCUUAUGACCCUUCUUGUAAAUGGGAGUCACGCUGGCAAGUUUCCAGUCCUCUGGAACCAUUCCCAGAAACACUGAUAGACAGUGGAAAGUGGCUUGGCAAUCACCUCUGCCAGCACCCUCAGCACCCUUGGGUGGAUCCCAUCCAGGCCCAUGGACUUAUGACAGUCCAGGUGGAGUAGCAGACCUCUGACUGUUUCUACCUGAAUCGUGGGGGAUUUAUUCUGCUCCCCAUCCCAGACUUUCAGGUCAGGAGGUAGAGUACCCCAAGGGUAAUUUGUCUGACUUUUAAAAACAGAUGUUGAAAAGGCCUUGAAAACCUCAUCCUUUUCCUUAUCCUCAGUGGUCACAUUCCCCACCACAUCUAGUACAGGAUGGAGAUUCUCCUUAGCCCUCCUCUUACUGUUGGUCUAUUUGUAGAACAUUUUUGUCUUUUACUACAGUGUCCAAGUUGAGUUCAAGCAGGGCUUUUGCCUUCCUAAUUUUCUCCCUGCUUAUCCCAGCAACUUCUUUGUACUCUCCUCGAGUUGCCCAUCCCUUCUUCCACCAGAGGUAGACUCCUGGAGCCUCAGAAGAUGUUCGCUAUUCACCCACACUGGUCUUCUUCCCCACCAGCACAUCUUACAGCACAGACAGACAGCCUGCUCCUGCGCCUUUAAGGCUUCCUUCCUGAGGAGCAGCCAGCCUUCCUGGACCCCUUUACCCUUCAGAACAGAUUCCCAAGGGAUUCUCCCCACCCCUGUCUGGAAUAGUUCAAAGUCCACCUUCUGGAAGUCCUAGGUAACAGUUUUGCUGACCUCACUCCUGACUUCACCAAGAAUAGAGAACUCCACCAUUUCCUAGUCACCCUGGCCAGGACAGCCUUCACAUGUCCCCCCAGUCCUGUUUGUGAACAGCAGGUCUAGCAGGACACCUCCCUGGAUAAAGGCUUUUACUGCUAUUCCUAUCCUCAUAUUUUGAUUCUGCCCCCCAUUGGAUGGAAGAGGCCCCACAUCACGGUCAAAUGAGCUGCAGGUGGAAGAGGGAGUAGGCAAGCAGCAGCUGCCUCCCAUAAAGAAGUGUUUAAAAAAAAAAAUGAAUACUGCAUCUGCUUCAGAGAGUGGAUCAUAUUCCACGAACCACUCAAGACCCUUCUUCUAUGCGCAGCCAACAGCGCAACAACCUUUUCAACAUCCAUGGUACAUCAGCCAUACAUACAAUCCAUACUGUGUGCCUGCACCAGGUUUUCGAGGUGGACAUCCGUAUUUUCCGCUUUACUCUGUUGCACUCCAUGAGUACCCUGGAUUUUUUGUUCCACAGCAUCCAGUGCAUGCCAGAAUUAACAGAAGGCCUUAUUUUAAUGCUCCCCCACCCUCUCCCAUGUUUUAUCAUGCAACGCGAUUUAGACACUACAGUUCUCCUGGGAGAAAAACAGAGACAAAAGAAACACAGACUGAUCCUAGACAGCCUGAAAACAAGCAAAAAAAGCAUCAAGAUACCCAUACAGAAACGAAAGGUUGUGAUGCAGGAAAUAUGGCCUGUGUUUCUUCUGGUAUAGGUAAAGAGACUGAAAGUACUUCAGAGAAACAAGAUCUAUCUGGAUCUUCCAUUGUGGUAGACAGGGAGUUUCAUAAUAGUCCUUCCAGCUCUACACAGUAUAGAAAUCUUCCUACUGGAAGCUAUGCCUUUGAGAAGGAAGAGGUGAGAAUAGAAUACGGAAAUGGCUCUCCAGCUAUUCAACUGUGGAAGUCCUUUAAAGAAACUAUUCCUUUGUAUGAUGUGGCAAGUGGUAAACCAGUCCCAGAGAACAUGGUGCAGCGUGACGUAUUUUCUGUUAGCUCAUGUGAGGGAAUGAUAUAUGGCCCUCAUGAAGGGGAGAAAUUGGUGCCAGGAACUUACAUAGAUGAGAGAAAAGCUGUCCUCUCUUCAAAACAGAGUGUUGAAACUAUGCAAGAAAAAGAUGUCCAAGAUAAUGAAGUGAAGCUGGAUGCAGAAAAGCAGGUGACUACAAGUCAACGGGCAAAAUCACCUCCAGGUGAAGCCAUGGCAGUGCAAUUAGCAGAACUGGCAAGAUCUGUUACCAUAGACCAACCAGCAGUAAGACAGGAUGUGCUAGUAGCUAAGAAAUCUAGCUCUAAAAGAUCCACAGGUUCAAAAGCUUCUCAAGAAGAGUCCAGCUUUAUUCAACAAGCAGGAUUGCUUCCAUCUAGUAUGGAGGUAAUGAGUGACUUGAGUUUUCAGCAGAAAAAGCUGAAUUUAAGCCAUAGCGCAAACAAUGAAAGUCAAACAGAUAGAAGCAUUUGGUGUGAAGAAUCAGUUGAGAAGUAUGUUCCCUCUAGCAGCUGGCUGGCUUGUUUGGAUAAUAUGGAUGCUAACUAUAGCUAUGACAUGUGUUUGCCACAAAGGAAACGUCAAAGCGUACUUAGUCUUUCUUCUGAUGACAUGUCCUCCAGAGAGGAUGGCUCAUCCAUUGAUAAUGCCCCAGUGUCUUAUUUUGUACCUGACUAUGUGCUUCAGAAAAGCACGUAUACUUUCCAGAAAAGUACGGAGGGCUUGGAGAAAGAGAAAAUUAAAAGUGGUGGGUCCCUCAAUGAAGAUGCAGUGGUAGGAAGGGAGCAGGUGAACAGUUUGGAUGGCCAAGAUGUCAAAAAUUCUUCAACCAUGAAGAUUAAAGAGGCUUCCAGUAAAGGUAGAAGGCUGAGAGUCCUUCCUAGAUCUUCUAGUCGGAAAAAGAUCUGUUCUCUCAAGAAAAAAGCUGCCAAGAGUUUGUCAGAAAUUGAGGACUCUGAAGAAUACUCUAUGCAGGUAGAAGAGGAGGAUGAAGAUGAAGAGGAUGAGGAGGAUGAAGAUGAUGAUGUGGAUGAAAUAGAGUAUUUCUUUCAAGAAGCUGCUCCAUAUGGGAUCUUGAUGCCAAGUAAAGGAAAUAUUUACGGACGAGUUGGCCACAGGAUGCUUUGGAAGCCACCAAAAAAUGCUUUUCCAACUCACUUAAUUAGCUGGCCUGUUCAAGAGAAGAUAAAAACUAGGAGUAGGUUUGGUGAAAACAUUGGUGUUGUUUACAAACCAAAGGAGAAAGAACAAGAUGAAGUUGUAUAUAGUGACUAUGGGUAUUAUGGAAGAAAGAGGCCAAUGGCAAGAAGAGAAGAAGGUGAACACAAGCGAACACUACAGAAAUUCUUGGGAGGAAGACUGUUGAGGGAGAGCAUGGGGAUACCACCUGAAGAGUAUUGGAUUAGAAGUGGUGCUAAACCCAAAUUCACUGGACAAAUACAUGGUAGUCUCUCACCUCAAGCCAAGAGCAAAGAACAAGGGUGCCUGCCUCCGGUUAAACCAAAGAAGAGAAUAGGCAAGCCCCCACUAAAACGCAGAGACACAAGAUGUGAGGUGGAAGAAGUGGAAGUGUGGGAGGUGCCUAAAAGGAGUGUACGCAAAGGAAAACGUGGAGCAAGGAAGUCUCUUUAUAAGAGAAGAUAACUGCAAAUACUGGGGCAGGAGGGGAGACAAAUAUCAUUGCAUGAAACCAAAUGUAAAUUAUUAUUCUUGUGUAUUUUGUAACUUGCUGUGCACUCUUCAAGGGUAAGAAGUGCCCUCCAUCUUUGUGGUGCUGCAAGUAAACUGUAGAAAGUAUUUAACACUAAACUAAGUCACUUUUUGUAACUAAUGCAUCCACAAUUUAAAUAAUAAACUUAAUAGAAGUGCAUUUAUGA